AUGGACUCGCAGGAGAAGAAGCCCACGCCGGCGAACGUGGAUACGGACUCAACCCAAGCCUCCAGUACGGACGUUGCCGAUGCCAGAGUCAAGGCCAAUGACGAGCCCUCGCAGGCCACAGACGACGACCAACCAUCGUCGGUACGGCCAUCCCAAGGAUCACGGACGAGUUCAAGGGCCUCAGCGACGUGUCGUGGUACGCAGCCGCCUACUUUCAUGACCUACGGCGCCGCCCAGUCUUCCGGCGUCAAGCUGUACAAGUCCUACGACAUCAAGCGGACCUUCCUGGCCUCGAUGGUCGUCUUCGAGGUCGGCAGCCUGCUUUGCGGCGUGGCCCCGAACUCUAAGACCCUGGUCGUCGGCCGCGCCAUCGCCGGCCUGGGCGGCGGCGCCCUCGCCGUGGGCGGCUACAGCAUUGUGUCGCUGACCGUCCGGCCCGCCAAGCGGCCCAUGAUGAUGGGCGUCCUCGGCAUGGUCUACGCCGUUGCCGGCGCCAUCGGCCCGUUGCUCGGUGGCGCCUUCACCGACAGGGUGUCGUGGAGGUGUACGCGGGGGCCCACGCACCCCUGGGACAGCAGCGAGGUGAUUGGUCUGCUGGUUGGUGCGUUCGUGCUCCCCAUCGUCCUGAUCGCCUGGGAGAUAUGGCUGGGCGACUACGCCUCGAUGCCGCCGCGGCUGUACAAGAUGCGGUCGCUUUGGGCCGCGUCGGCGUUCCAGUUCUUCUUCCUCGGCGCCUACAUCGUGCUGCUGUACUACCUGCCCAUCUACUUCCAGAGCAUCAAGGGCACCAGCCCCAUCCAGUCCGGCGUCAACAAUCUUCCCCUGGUCCUCGCGGCCUCCAUAUUCUCCCUGGUCGGUGGCACCGUGGUGAUGAAGACGGGCUACGCCAUGCCCGUCAUGUUGAGCGGUUCCAUGAUCACGACCGUGGCCCUCGGGCUCAUUUACUCGAUGGACAUUGGGACCCCAAGCAGCAAAUGGAUCGGCUACCAAUUCUUUGUCGGAGCUUUCAUGUCCUUUGGCAUUCCGCACGGCUUGACCGUGGCGCAAGCCGGCGUCGGCCCCGAAGAUCUCCCAGCAGUCACUGCCAAUCUUUUGUUCUACCAAACCAUCGGCGGCGCAUUCAGCACGUCGGCAGGCCAAGCCGGCUUCGUGAACCAGCUUCUUAAAGAGCUGCCAAAGACGGCGCCCUCGGUGAACCCCCAGCAGGUGAUAGAGACGGGUGCGUCCGAGCUGCACAACGUCUUUCCGCCCGACGUGCUUCCUGGCAUCCUCGAGGCCUACAUGGUUGGCAUCAAAGCCGCCUUCGCCGUCGCCCUGGCCUUUUCUGGGGUGGCUUUUUUGUUCUCCUUAUUUGUGCCCGCGAAAAAGCUUCCCAGUCACCAAAAUCCUCAGGAUGCGCCUGUGGCUAUGGGUUGA